GAGCACAAUUUCCUGCCGAAUCACUUCAAGCGUGAUUCAUUCUUUGGUGUCGUCAGGCCCUAUGCAAAUUAUGCGAAUGAACCAUUUCCGCCACCGCCACUUCCGCCAACACCCCUUCCAAAGGCUAUCAAAAAGCUCACUACAGCUGCAUCGACCGAAGCAAGUUCCGACAAAACUCCGUCAACUCCAGUGCCUUUUGUAAAAGCAGCUCAGAACAGUACAAUGUUGUCAGUUACAGUAGCAGUUGGUUCCGGCUUGUUAUUUCUGAAUAUUUGCAUCGGCCUCGGUCUGUACAGACAGGUUCGUUCAGAUUUGCUACAAAAAGAAAGUGCGAAACUGUCUUAA